AUGCCCAUUCUUCGCUGGAUUGGAGUCAAUCCACAGGCCUCGACAUCCACACAACACACUAAACCUACCCUUCAUCCGCAUCCAGACGCAAAAUCAGACGACGCCAUCCAGCGAGCGCCUUCCGCAGACGCAAAGCGCUUUGGUCUUGUCAACUCUGGCAAUACCUGUUAUGCCAACUCUGUUCUACAAGCCCUUUAUUUUUGCGAUCCUUUCCGGGAUUUGAUCAUAAACUCGCCUGAUCGCUCGUUUCUCUACCCGUCAGAGCCAAUUUCAUCAGCAACGUCGGCACAAGCAUCCCCAGCAGCGAAACAACCCGCCAAACCAGAGACAAAGCCUACAGCCGCGGUACACAAGAGACCAAUCUCGGGCAGUCAUCCUAGUGCCGACCCACGUCCGGAUGCUUCCGCAAAAGCAGAUGCAGACGAGGCAGCAAACGCCCAAGACCUGGGUCCCCCCAUUCCGGCAUCGCCACCCUCCUUAUUUUCUGCCCUUCGUUCCUUAUUUAUACACAUCUCCCAACACCCACAUGACAAGGGAACCGUCAAUCCAAACGCAUUCAUCACAAAACUACGCAAGGAAAACGAGCUAUUCAGGACGACGAUGCACCAAGAUGCACACGAAUUCCUAAAUUAUUUGAUAAAUAGGGUCGUGGAAGAUAUCGAAGAGGAAGACACGCUGCUUAGAAAACGGGAAAAUGCAGCGAUCGUAAAGGAGAAAGGCGCGACAUUAAGCCCGCUCGCCACCGAGGAUUUAUCAACAUCGAUAACCACCUCGGCUACUUCGCAAACUCAUUCGUCGUCGUCCUUGUCCAGAAAGACGUUUAUUCACGACUUGUUCGAGGGCACCCUCACGAGCGAAACCAGAUGCUUGACCUGUGAAACGGUAUCACCGCGUGAUGAGCCGUUCCUUGACCUAUCAAUUGAUAUCGAGCAAAACUCGUCUGUGACCGCAUGCCUGCGCCAAUUCAGCGCGUCUGAAAUGCUCUGCCAACGGAACAAGUUUUUCUGCGACUCGUGCUGCGGACUUCAAGAGGCGGAAAAGCGAAUGAAGAUUAAGCGGCUACCAAAUGUCCUCGCCCUCCACCUCAAACGCUUCAAGUAUCAGGAAGAGCUGCAAAAAUAUGUCAAGUUGAGUUAUCGGGUCGCUUUUCCGUUUGAGCUGCGGCUCUUCAACACGGUUGAUGAUGCUGCGGACAUGGACCGGCUUUACGAGCUGUGGGCCAUUGUCGUGCAUAUUGGCGGUGGGCCGUUACACGGGCAUUACAUCACUAUCAUCAAGUCACAGGGGUCUUGGCAGGUAUUCGACGACGAGAGUGUGGAGACGAUCAGAGAGUCGGAUAUCCCCAAAUACUUUGGCGAGGGCGGGAGUGGGACCGGUUACGUUUUGUUCUAUCAGGCGACAGACCUUAACCGCGAGGCCCUCGGCCUGCCUCCAUUACCCGUUGCAUCCAUGCCCAUGCACGAACAGAUCAAACUCAAAGCACAAGCCGGCCCGCCUUCGCCGGCGGUACCCAUCUCCAUCGAGCCCUCGUCCCCAUCUGUCGUGACUUCUGGAGCAGAUACGACGCUCGUGUCGUCCCCGCCUUCUCCGUCGCCUGCGCUCACCCGACUUGAUAUCCCCUCGCAGUCGCCUGCUACCUCUACUCAACCACUACCCUCUCCUGGUCCCGUGUCUACGGCGGCCUCGAGUAUACAGAGCCCCGGUGGAUUCUUCAGCUCGCUACGACAUUCCAAGUCGCUCAAAGCGGACAAGAUUGCGCUUGUCGCGGCGCUUAAUCCACCCGUUCCUGUCCAUCCUCGAUCUGCUACUGCGGCUACUGAUGCGAACCAUCAAAAGGAGACGCAUAGAGAGGAGAAAAGUUCAGGUGGAGGGUGGCUUAGUUUUCGGCUACGGGUUCCACCGCGCCCUCUUCCAAAGAUUCCAAGCACACCUAUACAGCCUCCUAGUCCAAUGGUGACGACGGCUCCGGUCCGACGGCCAUCCACGGCUGGAACCGGGACGAUGGAGCAUAUACCCUCGUUACCGAGUGCAGUUCUCCCUCUCCCAGCGACACCGUCGCAAUUGCAUCCAAAGAGUGGUGGUGGUGGUGGUGGUGGUGGUGGAGAAUCGAGGGAGUACCGAUUCGCUCUCGGGUUCGUCGAGUUGGACUUCUGGUGUUGCUGUCAAUGGGGGAGAUAUCCCGCCUGUGCCAAAGGAGAUGCCACCCCUACCACCGGUCCCGACUGUCGCUCCGCCUAUUCCGAGCAUCACGAAUACGGCCCCGACAGAGGAACCACUGCCUAUUUUGCCUGCUCCUGCUGUCGAUGGAGUUUCGAACUCGUGACGGAGAGUCCUGUCCCGUCGACGUGGUCUAUUCCUGGUUCAGCGACGCUAGAGGGGAUCCCCGCGUUGGAUAAGGGUCCCGCGCAGUUAUCUGCUGUGAAUCCAUCUGCUGAUGGUCACGAGAGUGCGCGUGGUUCGUCAUCUUCUGUUGCCACUCAAUCGCAAGCACCACCGACAGCGUCGUCUCAUGUCCCCUCUGGGCCUGGUCCAUCCCAUCAUCAGCAGCUCCCUGUUAGAGGAACAAGGCAGAGUACGAAAGAGAUGAAAGAGGCACGCAAGGCUGCAGAGGCUGUGGCGAAGAGGAACAAGGAGCUCGCAGAAGAGGAACGGCGAAAGCUGAAAUAUGAGCGUGAGCGGGCGAGAGUGGAGAGGGAACGAGCGGAAAAGGAGCGUGAAAGAGCGGAGAAGAAGAAGCGGGAAGAGGAGCAUGAACAGCAAAAAGUGGCGAAACGGACGAGUCGUAAGAUGAGUCUUGGAUUGGGUGGGCUUGGUGGACUCGUUGGUGGAUGGUCGAGGGAUAAAGACAAGGACAAGGAAAAGACACAUGCGACUUCGUCGAUUCCGCAUUCGCUUCGUACGGGCACCUCGACUGCGCAUGCGAAUGGGAACGUGGUCAAGGCUGGAGUGGAGGAUGCAAAUUCUUCGCGGGUGGCUUCGAUAGAUCAGGAUACGCUCCAGCGUGGACUUCGACCCGAGGGCCAUUAUGUCUCUGCGUUCAACUUUUGA